UGAGACAUAAAAUAUAUAAACCCUUUUAUUUUUCAGGUGUUAGGAUCAGCAGUUAUAAUUAUAGUGAAAGACAGUCAGGAAAGUCAUAUUGUGAUAGUAAGAUAGCUCACAUGAGGUGCAAGAUGAGGACGUAUGUAGCUAGUGGUGGCAACAUUCAAACUGCAAACGACAUGAGAGCUGCAAUUUGCAGUGGGAAGGCUGUCACAGGAUGUCAGUUAGCUGUUGCAAAAAUAGACACGUCAAACCAUGAGUUAAAGAGCCAUAAAUGGAAGGGUGUCAGCCAAAUUAGUAACUUGAAGCUGCACGAAGAUGGAAGCAUAACUGUCUGGAAAGCCUAUGACAUUGGAACAGGAAAAAAAAUAUCAAAAGAAGAGUUGCAGACAUAUUCCUGUGAGCAAAAGAGUACAGGAAUCAUCAUUGAGGAGGAUUUUUCUGGUUCAGAGAAAAGUGGUAACAUCAAAACUAGCAGCAACACUAUCCAAAAUGACAAUCAACCUGCAGAUCUAGCUUCAAGUGAUUCUCUAUGUGAAGGAAAUCCAGAGGUAACAAAUGAAUCUUCGUACAUGUUUAAGUGCCCAAUAACAGGAUGCACUAAAAUGUAUAUGAAGCACCAUUCACUAGAAAUUCAUUUGUUACUUGGUAGGCAUGAAUUCAAGUUAGAAAGGAAAUCCACAUACGAUGAAAUUAAGAUUCGUUGGAUACAAUUAUGUAAUGAUGUAUCCACAGAUGUGAGAACAACCUCUGAGGGAGCAUCUUCUAGAAUUCAGUCCAGUCCGCUAACUAUUUUGUCAAAGGGAUGGGCCUUAAAGAAGGACAAGAAAGCUGUUAGAUUUUCCUCUGACUUAAAUAGUUUUCUUUCAGAAAUGUAUGAAAAUGGAGAAAAAACAGGUGAAAAAGUAACAGCAAGUGAUGCUGCUGUGAAAAUUCGGCAGGCUAGGUUGCCAGAUGGUACAAAAAGAUUUCAGGUGAAUUAAUACCUUGAUUCAUCUCAAAUAACAUCAUUUUUCUCAAGACUAACUGUAGCAGGAAAAAGAACAGAAACAAGAGCAGCUAAAGUUGUUGUAGACGUGGUAGAUGAUGAGGAUUUAGAAGCUGUUUUAGCUGAAAUUGAAAAUCAAGAGAUAAGAAACAUUACUAUGUCUGAUUGAAUGUUAAAUUUUAAACAAAUGUAUGAUGAAGUAUUAUUUAUAGACAAUAUUUUUGAAAAUGUGGUUUAUUCAUGUAUUUCUCUUAUGAUGCUUAUGGUUCUGCAUCUUAAUCUCCACUUUAUUUUUCAUCUAUCUGUCUAAUCACCAAUAUCUAUUACUGAAAGUAUGGGUAGGAUGUUUGUGAAAUGUCACACAAUUAUUUACAUAAGGUUGAUGUGCAUACAGAUAAAUGUAUAACAUUUCAAUGAAAUUUGUUAAUUAAUUUUAGAUAAAAUCAGGGUUCUUUUUAAACACUUUUUGUAAAAGAAAAAUCCAUUAGAAUAUAGGGGAUGCUGCAGCAGUGUUGCAUAUUUGUUUGGGGCAAUGUAUUUUUUUUAAAUAAGUCAGGGGCGUAGCUAUACCAAGAUGGUGUGUACUCAACACAGGGGAAGAAGUCAUUUAGCCAGAAGUUUGGAGUAAAUGGUGCUAAAUCCUGCAUUGUAACAAUUUUCUUGGGCUUAAAAGUACCUCACAGAAAUCUUUAUUUCCAUAGUAACCAGUCAAAGUUUUGAAAAUGAUUGAAUUUGAAAAAAAAAGUAAUUUAGAGAAAAAUAAUUUCUAAUGAGUAGUGGGUUUUGCUUGAUACUAACUUUCAGAACGAGUCUUAUUUUUUAAAUUUUUACCAAGCAAGGGAAACAAGGGAAAUCUCAAAGCGUAUGAAUCGUCGAGCAUUGGUUUCUUUUAAAUGUCAUAUUUUAUUUCAUCAACUAUUUUGAAAACUUCAGAAACGUUGUAAAGAGGCAUUGCAUAUAUGUUUUAAUUGUGGUCUGACGAAUUGAGGACUCGAACAUCUUAAUUGCUUGCAUCAGCAACGUAACCAUCAUGCUGAUUCUGUAAAUCAUUACUUUAUUACUUUAACAUGUAUAAGUAGCUUUAUUCUUACUUGAUUUACCAUACUUUUAUUUUUGUCAAAUUUCGGAUGUGUACUUAACUGGGUUUUGGCGUAUGUGUUGCUACAAGCCUGUAAGUAAGUUUUGUUUAAAAUAAAUAAUCAUUAUUUAAGGAACUAUUUUUGUGCUAUGGUGUUAUUGCAAAAACGAGAUAUCAAAUUAAUUACUGUCAGAAAUAGAAAGUUUUGAUAAUUGGGGUGUGGGUGCAAAUUUGCAUUAACAUUUAUUUCAUUUGUUGUGAAAAAAACAUCCUUCUGGGGUACAACUACAAAAUAAAAUGAAAUUCAGGUACUGUAUGAAAUGCUAGUAUAAAUUAAGUUAACAUUUUUUGGGUCAAUAAUUAUAUUCUAGCUACCACUUUUUUUUUAAAUUUGUGCACAUGCCCAAAUACAUUUACAAACGUAUAGUGCUUUGAUUCUUUUAAAGUAAACUUGAUAUUUGUAUUGAAUAUAU